GAUUUAAGAACUAAGAAGGAAGCUUCUCAUGAUUCUCUACUAUGAUAUGAACUCUGUUGUCUCUCUUUGUUUUAGUCGUAGGUAAAUACGCGUAUGAAACACCUGACUUGUUCCUUGUUACUGGUUCCAUUUUAAACUCAAUUCUUGUUCCAGUUAGUUACCACCUUGAUCCUUUCCUCAGACACCCUUUUGAAUAAAGCAUCAAACAUUGGCUUCUCCUACACCACACUCUAUGCAUAUUCUUCCCCUGCCAUCAUUUGGAUCUUUUUUCUAUUUAAGUUUUUGCAUUUUCAGGAUUUGAUUUCUGAUCCAAAGCUUCAUAGUGUAGUGAUCAAUCUGCAUAGUUUGAUUGGAUUCUGAUCUGGGUUCAAUCCUUUUUUAUGCUCUAACUGAAUCACUUUAAUCAAAAUCUCUUUUGUUCUUCUGUUUUUGUGUCAUAAUCAUGGGUGUUUGUCUGAGUAAAAAAGGAUCAGAGCCAAGGCACAUUGGGCACAAACAUGGUAGUGGUGGUGGUGGUGUUGUGCACAAUCACAAAAAUACCCCUUCUCAUCAACCUUACCAAUUACCUAACAAACAUGAACCUAAGAGUCCAUGGAAGCCCACUGUUCCAGCACCAAGCGCAAGACUAAGCCCAAGCCCAAAGCCUGUUCACAGGCAAGACACAAUUCUUGGGAAACCAUUGGAGGAUGUCAGGCAAUUCUACACACUUGGGAAAGAAUUGGGGAGAGGCCAGUUUGGGGUGACUUACCUCUGCACUGAGAAUUCAACUGGAUUGCAAUAUGCUUGCAAGUCCAUUUCAAAGAGGAAGCUUGUUAGCAGAGCUGAUAAGGAGGACAUCAAGAGGGAGAUUCAGAUCAUGCAGCAUUUGAGUGGACAACCCAAUAUUGUUGAGUUCAAAGGUGCCUAUGAGGAUAAACAAUCUGUUCAUGUUGUCAUGGAGCUUUGUGCAGGUGGUGAGCUUUUUGAUAGGAUCAUUGCCAAGGGCCACUACAGUGAAAGAGCUGCAGCUUCAAUAUGCAGACAAAUUGUUAAUGUUGUCCAUAUCUGCCAUUUUAUGGGUGUCAUGCAUAGGGAUCUCAAGCCUGAGAAUUUCUUGUUAGCUAGUAAGGAUGAAAAAGCACUUCUCAAGGCCACAGAUUUUGGCUUGUCAGUCUUCAUUGAAGAAGGAAAGGUGUAUAAGGAUAUAGUUGGCAGUGCUUAUUAUGUUGCUCCUGAGGUUCUGCGGCGUAGAUAUGGGAAGGAGAUAGAUAUAUGGAGUGCAGGAAUUAUAUUAUAUAUCUUACUAUGUGGUGUACCUCCAUUUUGGGCAGAGACGGAAAAGGGAAUAUUUGAUGCCAUAUUGGAAGGUCAUAUUGAUUUUGAAAGUCAUCCAUGGCCAAGCAUAUCAAACAGUGCUAAGGAUCUUGUUCGUAAGAUGCUUAUACAAGACCCCAAGAAACGCAUUACUUCUGCUCAGGUUCUAGAACACCCAUGGCUUAAAGAAGGUGGAAAUGCUUCUGACAAGCCAAUAGACAGCGCGGUCCUGUCAAGAAUGAAGCAAUUCAGAGCAAUGAACAAACUGAAAAAACUUGCCCUCAAGGUCAUUGCUGAAAAUCUUUCUGAUGAAGAAAUCCAUGGUUUGAAGGCAAUGUUUACGAACAUGGACACAGAUAAAAGUGGUUCAAUCACCUAUGAAGAACUGAGGACAGGAUUGCAAAGACUUGGCUCAAAGCUUAGUGAAGCUGAAGUGCGACAGCUUAUGGAUGCUGCUGAUGUAGAUGGAAAUGGCACAAUUGACUACAUAGAAUUCAUCACUGCUACAAUGCAUAGACAUAGGUUAGAAAAAGAUGAGCACCUUUACAAGGCCUUCCAAUAUUUUGAUAAAGACAACAGUGGGUUUAUUACAAGAGAUGAACUGGAAACAGCAAUGAAGGAAUAUGGUAUGGGUGAUGAAGCCACAAUCAGGGAAAUUAUAUCAGAAGUUGAUGCAGAUAAUGAUGGUAAAAUCAACUAUGAAGAAUUUUGCGCAAUGAUGAGGAGUGGAACCCAACCGCAAGGCAAGUUAUUCUGAAUCACGCCUUGUCACUGGUUUGAGUGUCUGAAGCCAAGACCCUCUAGUGAAAAGGUGCAUGCGUCUUCUGAGUUCGGUGAAGGGAUUCCAAAAGUUAACAUACGUCAUAGGCAUGUAAAGCUUCUUAUUUCUGUUUUUGGUUUCCUUGUCACUUUAAAGUCUAUUUUUGAGUGCUGUUGUAAUUUUUUGGACACUAAUGAAGUAUGGACUCUCACUCACCUGGGAAAGGUGAUGUUAGAAGUUAGAUUAUAAAAUUUAUUACACUUGAAAUCCUCUAUUAAAGUUUGUACUUCCACUUUGGGAAA